AUGUGUGUGUGUUCGGGUUGCGCGUGUUUAAUUGUUGGUCCGAACCGGAAAAACUCUCCUACUCCUACCGAAUUACCUCGUCGUUCGCCAUUUACUCGAUAUAGGGGUGCACGUAUGAGUGUCGGCGAUUUGUUGGAGGAUUCGCUCGACGUGUGCGAUACCUCUCCAUCGGAUUCAUUCACACAGAUUCAAUUUCUUUUUCGUGCCUAUCUAAUGCCGAUCACCUACCUUUUCGGCAUAGUCUCCAAUUCGAUCAACGUGAUCGUCUUUUCGCAUAAAACCAUGCGUAGCCAACCAGUCAACUGGUUUUUCCUUGUAUUGUCACUUAGUGACCUUACCGUACUCAUUGCCUCAUUUUUUGUAUUCUCUGUCCCAGUCUAUGCAGAAGUGGCAGACGACAUCGAAAUGACCCGGAUCUCCUCUGUUUUGAUAGUAUGGUUUUAUCCGCUGGCACAAACUGGGCUUACUAUGUCCGUUUACCUCACUAUACUUGUCUCGGUGCAUCGCUUCCUGGGAGUUUGUCAUCCGUUUCUGAUUCGAAGAGUCUCAAAUUCGUCCGCCGUUAAAGGUGUGAUCGUAUCAGCACUGGCUUUCGCAUUUCUUUUCAACACGAGUCGAUGGUUCGAACUUCAAGCAGUGCCUUGCUACUCCAAAAGACACGACAGCGAAUCCCUGGUGGUUUAUCCUACCGACCUAAUGGUGAACAGCGUAUAUACUGUGGUAUAUCGCAAUGCUGCUUAUACUAUGGUAAUGUUCUUCCUACCGUUCGCCAUUCUGACGUUUGUCAAUCUUCGAAUAAUUGGCACUCUUAAGAAUUCUUAUAAAAUGAGGCGAAUGAUGACCAUGCAUCCACGUAAGAAGAAGGAGGGAAAGGUUGCAGACGAUGGAGUUACCAUGUCUCGGGAGUCAACUUCCAAAACCACCUCGUUCCUGACUACUAAUUCGAUUGCCGUGGCAAACAACAACAACAGCGGAAAUGAGCGAAAAGAAAAUGGCGUCACGGUGAUGCUGGUGGCCAUCACCACUGAAUUUCUGUUAUUCAAUUUACUAGCAUUUGCGAAUAAUAUUCUGGAAUUAACUGGAGCUUACGGACAUUCACAAUUGGAGACUUUUCUCGUAGAGGUUUCUGUCUUGCUCGUUAACAUAAAUGGUGCCUCAACAAUAGUGAUUUACCUCAUAUUUGGAAGCAAGUAUCGUGCUCUUUUCGUGCAACUUUUGCAAAAAGUAGGGAUCAAGAUCUGCACGAGAAAAAAAUCUAUGUUCACUAGUCAACCCCACUACGAAACUACGCAGCUACUACUAGAUUCAAAAACUGAUGACACCAAAUGGAAGAGCCAUCGAACAAACAACGGAACUGAGGAGCCGAAAAAGACCAGGAACACUGCAACGGUUAAUAACACCUGA